AGAGCACAGGAGCUCUGGAUCUGUGUGUCCGCCUCACCCAGCCGCCUCUUAAUGUCAGGGGCCACACUGCUCGCGAGCUGCUUGCAGGGAGGAGGAUGAUGACCAUGAACGGAAAGCAGCAGCACUUCUCCAUGCACCCGGCCCUGCACGAGCCGCCCAAAUACCCCGGCCUGCACUCAGGCUCGGAGGGCAUGCGCAGAGUGUGCCUGCCCGGCCCGCAGCUGCAGGGCAAUAUAUUCGGAGGCUUUGAUGAGAGCCUGCUGGCACGGGCAGAGGCUCUGGCGGCUGCUGACAGCAUUGUCUCUCACGGCAAGAGUCACCCGUUCAAACCAGACGUGACUUACCAUACCAUGAGCAGUGUUCCCUGCACCUCAGCCUCCUCCUCUUCCUCCACCACGGUGCCCAUCUCCCACGUCCCCUCCACCCUCGCCUCCCACCACCAUCACCAUCACCACCACCACCUCGGACAGACCCUGGAGGCCGGGGACCUCUUGGAUCAUCUCUCCACCAGCCUGGCGGUGACUGGGAUGGGUGCUCCAGAGCCACCUGGGAUGACUACACCAGCGCACCACCACCAGGUUCCCCACCACCACCACCUGCAGACUAUGGGGCAGCUGCACCAGGCCAUGGCCACCAUGGCGCACCCUCACUCGCUGUCCGUGCACGGUGGGAUGUCGUGCGUAAACGACGUGGAGUCUGAUCCCAGGGAGCUGGAAGCCUUCGCUGAGCGCUUCAAGCAGAGGAGGAUCAAACUCGGGGUGACCCAGGCGGAUGUCGGGGGUGCGCUCGCCAACCUGAAGAUCCCAGGAGUGGGGUCUUUAAGCCAGAGCACCAUCUGCAGGUUCGAGUCCCUCACCUUGUCCCACAACAACAUGAUCGCCCUGAAGCCGGUCCUGCAGGCCUGGCUGGAGGAGGCGGAGGCUGCGUACCGGGAGAAGAGCACCAAGCCGGACCUGUUCAACGGGAGCGAGAGGAAACGGAAGCGCACCUCCAUCGCCGCCCCGGAGAAGAGAUCUCUGGAGGCGUACUUCGCCAUCCAGCCCAGACCCUCCUCCGAGAAGAUCGCAGCCAUAGCAGAGAAACUGGACCUGAAAAAGAACGUGGUUCGAGUCUGGUUCUGUAACCAGAGGCAGAAACAGAAACGAAUGAAGUACUCGGCGGUGCACUGACUGUUCACACAUCAUCAUGAAUAAAAGAGCCUUCUACAUUUUUGAUCGAGUGAUUAAUAAUAACCUAAGAAGACUAACUAACAGGGAUUAUCAGCAGCUCCUCCUCACGCGUCCUCCUGGAUUAUCUGCAAAAAGGACUUCGAUAUUUUCACUCACUUUUCUACGGAAGAGGAUUAGGA